AACUUUCGGAGGGACUUUCCUUUUGGGUGUCUUGAUGAUGAGGCUCCAGCAGCAGGGCUGCAGUGUGGCCUGGGAAAGCUCCUGCUAGGGGGAGGUGGAGGAGGUGUGCUUCCUGCAUUCUUCUCAUAACAUACUCACAAUCCCAGCGGGAAUCCGAGCUGGGGGGAGAGACAGAGAGAGAGUCGGAAGAAGGAAAAGGGAAGAGAGAAGCUGCUUUGCUUGGGCUUGAUCUCUUUUUGCAGGAUAGUCUCCUGCAUUAAUGGGAGAUCAGCCCCUGAGGUCUGGGGAGCUCAGGAACCUGAUUUUGCACAAGGCAAUUUUUUAAAAAAGAAAUCCUUCGUGUGUGAGAGCAAUCCAUUGAGAUCAGUAACUUUCCUCCGAGGCCGGAAUGCAGUGGUUGGAUGGCCGCUUUUCCCUCCCUGGGCAGAGGGGGACUGGAGUUUCCUGUGCAGUUCUGGGAUUGACAAGCAGAAUUUGUACUUAGCAAAUUUGCACUGGGACGGAGGAAACUUUUAAAGUUCUCUUCUCCUGUUUGCCAUUUUUAUAUAAGCCACAUUCUUUCUUCCAGGAAAACCAGGCACGUCUGAUCCGACUGCAGUUGGAUUUUUUUAUACAUCGAUCUUGAUCGCUUGUAUUAAAAAAAGUCGAGCCAUAAAUUUGCCCACAGAAUCCCCCCCCAAAGCAAACUAUUAUUUUUGCAAUUUAAAAAAGUCUACCCUCCUCCCGCCUGUUUGAUCGACACUGAGAAUGAAGGAAGGAUUUGCAGUGAAAGCUCGCUGAAGUGCAACAUCUCUGCAAGCCAGCCUGUUGCGUCGUGUACUGCAACCACCAUCCCGCCUGAAUCCAGUGUUUUGCCCUUUACUCCCUGGGGUAAAAAGAGCACAAAGAGAAAAUACUGUUGGCAGCAAGGCGUCCUUUGUGGAGCUGACCCAAAAAGCUACAGGAGUCCGGUCAGUUUGGAAAAAAGAAGAAAAUCCUUUUGUCUCCAGCUCAAAAGUAGAAUUUUUUGGGGAGUGAAGAGAGCAUCAAGUGAUCCCAAUUACUGAAGGGACCAAAACCAUUUCUGAGUGGAGAUUUUGGACUUGCAGGCGGAAGGCCAGGUGUCCCCUCAUGUAUCAGAACUGCUCCUCCUGACUGAGGAAGUCAAAGUGACGGAAAUAAGGUCAAGGGCAGCUUUUGCAUUCCACCCCAAAGGCACCACAGUUUGAGAUGAGGAAUUCAGAAGAGCAAACAGCUACGACAGUUUUACAGCGUCUGCUGCAGGAGCAGCUCCGAUACGGAAACCCAAAUGACAACCGCAACCUCCUUGCCUUACAUCAACAAGCCACAGGAAAUGCACCCCCUUUCAACAGCAAUGGGAGUCCAGGGUCUCAGAACGAAGGGCUGAGCACCCAGGACCAUCAGCUUGUGACUCAUGCUGCCCGCCAAGAGCCCCAGGGCCAGGAGAUUCAGGUGGACAAUAGCAUCAUGGAGAAGCAGCUCUCUCCAAGACUUCAGAACAGUGAAGACCUCCCAACAUACGAAGAAGCCAAAGUCCAGUCGCAGUAUUUCAGGGGCCAGCCGCAUGCUAGCGUUGGGGCAGCGUUUUAUGUGACGGGGGUAACCAAUCAAAAGAUGAGGACUGAAGGGCGGCCUACGGUUCAGCGAGUGAACCCUGGGAAAGUCCAUCAGGAUGAAGGACUUAAGGACCUCAAGCAAGGACACGUUCGCUCUCUUAGUGAGAGGCUGAUGCAGCUGUCGUUGGCCACCAGUGGUGUCAAGGCCCACGCACCUGUCACGAGUGCUCCACUUUCCCCCCAGCAGCCAAAUGACCUGUACAAAAACUCCGGUUCCAAUGAUUUCUAUAAAAACUCAGUGCCCACGCCUCCCCAGCCGAAUAUGAAAGUGAUAGAGCACCGGGGCCCUCCACCAGAGUACCCUUACAAAAACAUGUCCACCCCACCCAUGAACUGCAAACCUCAGGACCCUGGACAUUUCUAUGGUGAUCAUCGCAUGAGCCAGCAGAGUAGAUCUGAUGGGCCUAUGAUGAGAUAUCAGCAUCCUCCUGAGUAUGGAUCAAUCAGGCAAAACCCUGAUCUACACCUGCAGUUACAGCAGAGACCCCCUCACCAUCACAGCCCAACUUCCUCCUUAACGUCCUUGGGAUCUUUGACCUUACUGCAGUCUCCACCACCAUCCAGAUUGUCUCCUUCUCAGCAUCAGCAACCCCUGACUCCAAAUCAGGGAGACCCAUGCUUUCUACCACGGACCCAGCAGCUGUUCCUGUCAAACCAGGUCCAUCAGGGAGAUUUCUACCGACUAUGCCAGCCCGGUCUAGGCCAGCAGCAACAGCAGCAAGGAGAUUCCUACACAUUAAUGCCAAGAGCUCAGCAGAUACCUUCUCCUUAUCAGCAGAUGCAAGUAGAUCCUUUUGCCAUUGUUUCCAGGGCCCAGCAGAUGGUGGAGAUCCUGUCGGAGGAGAACCGAUCCUUACGGCAGGAGUUGGAUGGGUGCUAUGAGAAAGUGGCAAGGUUACAGAAGCUGGAAACAGAAAUUCAGCAAGUUUCGGAAGCAUAUAAAAACCUGGAGAAGUCCUCCUCUAAGCGGGAUGCCCUGGAAAAGGCUAUGAGAAAUAAGCUUGAAGGAGAAAUUCGUAGGCUUCAUGAUUUCAACAGGGAUUUGAGAGAGCGUAUGGAGACGGCCAACAAGCAGCUUGCUGAGAAGGAAUUUGAGGGAUCUGAGGACAAUCGGAAAACCAUCUCUCAGCUCUUUGCACAAAAUAAAGAAACACAGAGGGAGAAGGAGAAACUGGAGAUAGAACUAGCUGCUGCACGCUCCACCAGUGAGGAUCAGCGAAGGCACAUUGAGAUCCGUGAUCAGGCCUUAAACAAUGCUCAGGCCAAGGUGGUGAAACUGGAGGAAGAGCGUCAAGGUACAUCUCAGACUGCCAGCGCCUCGGAGUACAACGCCACAGCACUUAUGGAACUCCUGCGGGAGAAGGAGGAGAGAAUUCUUGCCCUGGAAGCCGACAUGACUAAAUGGGAACAGAAGUACCUAGAGGAGAGCGUGAUGAGACAGUUUGCUUUGGAUGCGGCAGCUACGGUGGCUGCUCAGAGGGACACAACUGUGAUCAGCCACUCGCCUAAUGCUAGCUACGACACCUCCUUGGAAGCUCGCAUUCAGAAGGAAGAAGAGGAGAUCCUGAUGGCCAAUAGGCGGUGUCUUGACAUGGAGGGCAGGAUAAAGACUCUCCAUGCUCAGAUCAUUGAAAAGGAUGCCAUGAUUAAAGUCCUCCAGCAGCGCUCCCGGAAAGAGACCAGUAAGACAGAUCAGCUAUCUUCAAUGAGACCAGCUAAGUCCCUGAUGUCAAUUUCUAACACUGGGUCAGGCUUGCUGUCCCACUCUUCAACACUGAGCAGCACUCCCAUAUUGGAAGAGAAGAGGGAGGACAAAAGCUGGAAGGGCAGUUUAGGUGUUCUGCUGGGUCCAGAAUAUCGCUCGGAAUCCAUUCCUUCAACUCCCUCGCCGGUCCUUCCCUCCACCCCGCUGCUGUCUGCACACUCGAAAACAGGCAGCCGAGAUUGCAGCACGCAGACAGACAGGGGAAGUGAACAAAAUAAAGCUGCUUCCUCUGCGGUGGCCCUUGUACCAGGACGACUCCCCACUACCAGUGUGCCCUACAAUUCAGACAAAACAGAUGGGCCAGUUUUCCACUCCAGCACUUUGGAAAGAAAACCGCCUGGUCACAGUUUGGGGCAGGACCUCACUGAUGCAGAAAUGGUGGAAUACCUCAUCUGAAAGGCCGAACUUGUAUCAAAGCUGGGACAUAAUAGCAAGAAUUUUUUUAAAAAAGACAUUUUUAUUGGAAAAAAUAUAGUACCUGAGUAAUAAAGGAACACUCAGCUCUUUGCUCUUGUAUAUUAGGUCUCAAAAAUGUGGACAGGUUAAUUUAUAAUUUGUUCUAAAUUAUAAAAUACUUGUUCUUUGAAAGUCGUUUCCUCCUCUCUCUUCCUCCCCAAGCUUGUUUUUAAUACUGGAUCUGGUAAUGUCUGGAUAAAACCAAGGUCUUAAAUGCACUAAAUUCUAUUUUUAAUUUCAGUAUUUUUAAAACCUUGUAUUUAAAAAAAAAAUAGUACUUACUUUCACAGCAGUUGGUUAAUUUCAUUUGAACGCUGCCAAGAUGGGCAUGAUGACUCUGCAAAUUUAUUGAGCACCAGGUCACACAAUGACCACGUAACAUCACAACUAGAUUGCGGUGCUUUGUUCUGAAUGUCACUGAAGGCUCCAGAGUACAGGUAUUCUGAGUAGCUUUGUAAAAUUUAUAAGAGAUGAUCAAGGGAGCUUUUUUUCUCUAUUGCCCUCAGUAGUACGAAGUCAGCAUGGAUAUUCCAUAUUCCAGGGCCAGAAUGAUUUCAAUUUUCACAAUGUGCUCAUGCACUUUUUUGGUUUUUUUUGUACUCUAUUGCAGUCACAUUGUUUUUAAUAGCUCCAGAGAUUGUUAUGUUUGUCAUUUUCAGCAGUGUCAGAGGGUCCCCAGUACUUUUAUACAUAUAUAAUUUUGAGUAAUUUAUACAGUAGAUAAAAAAUAAUAUAUUACAUUCAGGUUUUAAGUUAAUAAAUAUGAAGAAACUGUGGGCCUAAUCCUGAUCUCAAUAACAUCUGUUUUUCACUAUUGAAACUCCACUGUCUUCAGUGAAAUUACUCUGAAUUUCCACCGGUGUAGGUGUUGAGCCCUGUAGUAUUUGAAUAUUAGCAACUUGAUCUGCUGCAUUAGACCUUGAUAGAGAAUUAUUUUUGGUAUAUUUCCCUCUAUUUCAAAUCUCUUUCUAGUUUGUAUGUCCCUCAUUCCAUGAAAUAACGGAUUCUCUUUUCAUAUAGCAAAGUGUCCGCGUUAGUACCUUACACAAGGUAAAGGGUACAGUUGGUUAUUGUCAAAAGUUUCAAGUGGCAAAUUCUGUGUGCUUCCAAAAUAUUUCUCUCUUGUAACUGGAGAGAGCAGCAUUUCUGUGUUUUAAAGUAUUUAAGGGAGUAAGUUUCACAUCUGUUCAUCAUCAGUUUCACUUUCAGGUUUUUAGGAACUAGCCCAAAUGCUGCAGUGCUUGGGUUGCAAACCCUGCAGGGGGAUGUUCAGACACAUUUUAAAAAAGGCUUGUUUUGAGGUUUUUUUUUUAAAUUUUAUGAAAAUACUUGUAUUAAUAUUAGUUUGUUUUAAAACACUUGGUUUACUUAAAUUUUAUGUCUUUACCCGACAGUGCUGCUAAAGCAUCUCAGCUGAUCCCAAAAUUCCACUACAGUAUUGUAGUAGCCAAAUCUUGCUAUGGACUGACGUAGCUUCAUGUUAAAGCACCAAGCCUUAUCCUGCAAUGGGCUCAGUACCCUUAACUCCCACUAAGUAGAAAGCACUUGGCGCCUUAGUGCAUUAGGCCCUAAAUUGCAGUGGGCGUACGAAGGCUUCAGCGCAAUCACCUAUUGGUACUAUGUCUUCUAGCCUCUGGCUAAUUGACUUUUAAAAGGAUCAAAGUAAUUGGCCCUAACAGAUCAGUGGAAGCAGCCUGGAUUUCACAGGGGAGAAGAAAACCCAGAAAGGUGUCCCCCAUUAGUAGGCCUCAGAUACCUUUCUUGAUUUUCCACUGUCCCAAAGUUAACACUGUAAUGCCGGAAUAUCCGCUCAGAAUGAGAUUAUAUUUUACUUGAAGCAAUCAUUCAGCGAAAUGGAUCACGCUUUGCUCUUGAAAGGCAGUUCCUCUUGGUCCUGGUGGGUUUGCCACUUGCUAAUUUUAAUCACUGAGAAGUCUUAGAACCAUAAAAGUUAGAGACGGCAAAGUAUGUUGGUAAGAGAUGGCCCCAGUGCAAAUACCCUGACUUUGCCACUGACCUCUUUCUCCAACAGCCUGAAUCCACCCACGAAACUGGACACCCACAAUGUCUGGGAUAAUUCAGAGCUGUACUUUGAGUUGGCCCAUCUCUACCACAUAGGUCCUCAUCUUUCCUUGGCCUGUGCAGAAUUGUUCCUUAAAGUUCAUUCUGUUAUAUUUUGUCCAGGCAAGUGUUCUACCCCUUUCCAUGGGGAUACCCAUCACAGCCUCAUAGCUCUCACUGUUGAAAAUAGCUAAUGUUCUCUUUUGCUUAAUUUCAUCCCAUGACAUCAAGUAAUGCCUACCCUGGAUGAUUCUAAAUGAUGCCUCUCCUCCUUUGUAGUCAUUGGAAGCAUUGUGUGACCGUAUCCCUCUUCCUGCCAUAGGAUUGUUCC